UUCACUAUAUCUGGUCUCCCACAGUACACAGAACAUGGAAGUGCAAUUAUUUUUAAUAAAUAUAAACUGCUAAAUACCUUUUUUGAUCUUCUAUCAGUGUCAAGCCGAGCACUGGUUAAAGCUUGUAGGAGGAGUUUUCAUUUUGCUCUAGGAGGAUGCAGAACCCCUGACCUCUGUCUGGACAGUGCUGAUUGGCCCUGUGCUGAUCACAGGCACUCUCCCAAGAAAAAAAAACAUCUCUAGCAAUACACACCAAACUGAGCAAAUGCAAAGUGACUCCACAUGAUAUCUCUUAUCGGGGAUAAGAGGGGGACACUGGAAGAAGGGGGGGAUCAGAGAAGUCAGAAUCAAACAGCAUUUUGAUACAAUGCAGAGGAUUAACUCUUUAGGUUCCACAGUGAGUAUAACAAGCAUGCUUUACUCCAUAUACAGACUGAUUUUACUGUUGUGGGUUUAG